AUGUCCUACCCGCAGGGCUACCUCUACCAGCCGCCGGGCUCGCUGGCGCUCUACUCCUGCCCGGCUUACGGGGCCUCGGCGUUGGCGGCGCCCCGCAGCGAGGAGCUGGCCCGGUCCUCCUCGGGCUCGGCCUUCAGCCCCUACCCGGGAUCGGCGGCGUUCACGGCCCAGGCGGCCGCCACCGGCUUCGGGAGCCCGCUCCAGUACUCCGCCGACCCGGCCGCCGGAUUCCCCUCGUACAUGGGCUCUCCGUACGACGGCCACGCGACGGGCAUGAGCGGCGCCAUCAGCUACCACCCCUACGGCAGCCCUGCCUACCCCUACCAGCUGAACGACCCGGCCUACCGCAAGAACGCCACCCGGGACGCCACGGCCACGCUGAAGGCCUGGCUGCAGGAGCACCGCAAGAACCCCUACCCCACCAAGGGCGAGAAGAUCAUGCUGGCCAUCAUCACCAAGAUGACCCUCACCCAGGUCUCCACCUGGUUCGCCAACGCCCGACGGCGCCUCAAGAAGGAGAACAAGAUGACCUGGGCGCCGCGCAACAAGAGCGAGGACGAGGACGACGAGCCCGAGGGCGACUGCGGCGGCGGCGGCGGCGGGGCGCGGGCCAAGGAGGCCGCCGACAAGGCGCCGGACAGCAACGAGGCCUCGGCCGAGGACGAAGGGAUCAGCUUGCAGGUGGACUCGCUCACCGACCACUCUUGCUCGGCCGACUCGGACGGCGAGAAGGGCCCGGGCCGGGCCGGGGAGCGACUGUGCGAGUCAGGCUCGGAGUGUAAGGACAAGUACGAGGAGGACGAAGAGGACGUCGAGGAGGACGAGGAGGACGAAGAGGAGGCGGGCCGAGGCCUUCCUGCCAAGCCCCUCACCUCCUCCCCCCUCACCGGCCUGGAGGCUCCGCUCCUGGGCCACCCGCCGGGCGAGGACGCCUCCCGGAGCGGCAACAAAGUGCUCCUGGCGGGCCGGCUUCCCCCGUCGGCGGCCACGCAGGCCAGCAAGCCCAAGCUCUGGUCGCUGGCCGAGAUCGCCACCUCGGACCUGAAGCACUCGCCCCCGGCGCCGGGCCUGGGGCCGGCCGGCCCGCCGUCGAGCGCCCCGCACGGCGCCGCCUACGCGCCCUCCUCGCUGCUGGGCCGCCACCUCUACUACGCCGCGCCCUUUUACGGCAAUUACACGAACUACGGGAACUUCGGCGCCCUGCAGGGCGCCGGCCUGCUGCGCUACAGCUCGGCCGUCGGGGCCGCCGGCGAGGGGCUGGGCCAGGCGCACAAGCAGGGCCCCGAGAACGCCCUGAAGAGCCUCGCCGGACCCCUCGAGCCGCACUACAAGCCCGCCGCGACGGACGCCAAGAAAGACCCCACUGAAGUGUGCACAGUAGGAGUACAGCCCUACCUAUAGAAGGCACGUAAGGGUCACAAUUGCUUUGAGAAAAGUCAACAAGCCAUCUGCUCUAUUCUGUCGCUAUCUCUAAACAAAACUCUAAAUCCGGAUCACAUCUUGUGCCACUGUAUAGAAGAAGACCACAGAGCACUAAUCAAUCUACUACAGACUUUAAUAAUUAAACCAGAAUUUUGUUGGACAUUAUGUGAGUUUGCUGGUAUAGUCUAGUUUCCCUAAUGUAUGUGUGAUUUUAAACAAAGGAAGAAGAAAAGAAAA